GACCCCACCCUUUAUUUCGCGUUAACCAAGGACAGACACAGCAGGGACAAAACAGCAUAUGAAUAACACAUCGAAAGCCAAUCCGUUGAGUCGUGGAAAACUUGUGUGAAAACGCAACAAACAAACAAACCAUAAGUCCACGGGUAACACUUGUAAGGGGUUACACAAAGAAUGGGCGUCAGUUAUCACUUGAAAGAGAGCCCAGAGACCUUGACUUUUUUUUUUCUUGGCGCAUCAUCUGAGCGCACAGCUCAUUCAGCGAGUGGCAGAGGAGGAACCAGCAGCAUGGAGUGUGCAGGGCGCAUUUCAAUCUUUGUGCGACUCUGAACACUGCGCACCCCGAAAAGCCAAGUAAGGUGCACUAAGGAGGAGAGGCGCGGAGUCAGAGGGUGUUUAAGAGUGAGCUAGAGGAAGAGAGGGAGGAGAGGAAAGUGUCGGACCAGGUGAUCGAGUGCGAACAAACCUCCACGGGGGCUGCCGGGUUCGAACACAGGAUCAGCGACCAUGGUGCCAGCACGCUGCCCGGGACUGGCCCUUCUUCUCCUCCUGGGGUGCACCGUGGCUUUGUGCCUCGGCCAGAACGACACGGAGCCCAUCGUGCUGGAGGGGAAGUGUCUCGUCGUGUGUGAUUCGAACCCUUCCUCGGACGGAGGCGUCACGUCCUCCCUCGGCAUCUCGGUGCGCUCGGCCGGGGCGAAAGUGGCUUUUUCGGCCGUGCGUGGAACCAACCACGAGCCGUCUGAGAUGAGCAACACCUCCAUGACCAUCUACUUUGACCAGGUUUUAGUGAACAUCGGCAACCAUUUCGACCUGAAAGCGAGUGUUUUCCAGGCUCCAAGAAGGGGGAUUUACAGUUUCAGUUUCCAUGUGGUAAAGGUCUACAACAGACAAACCAUACAGGUAAACCUGAUGCAAAAUGAUUACCCAGUCAUAUCAGCUUUUGCCGGGGACCAGGACGUGACAAGGGAGGCGGCUAGUAAUGGAGUAUUGCUGAUGGUGGAGCGAGAGGACCGUGUCUAUCUAAAGCUGGAGCGAGGCACCCUCAUGGGCGGUUGGAAAUAUUCCACCUUCUCAGGCUUUCUGGUCUUUCCUCUAUAAUUUGACCUUGGAUGUGACUCUGCUUGGAAUGACAAGAAAACGACAACAUGCAAUUUAUUUUGAACUCUUAGAACUUGUCAGCCAAGGAAGUCGUCGAAACGCCUGAAUAUUCUCGGCCCCUUUCAUCCGCCUCCUCUUCUCCCCCCUCCUCACAUCAGUCUAUAGUCCAAUACUGAAACUUUGGAGAUCAAAAUAUUCCCAUCCAUCAACUUGUACACAGCCGGGACGUCAUUUUGGUGUGUUUGGAAUUUUUUUGCUGGCUUGGGAAACUUUGCCAAAAAAGGAAGAGAACAUAACCCGGAAGAAGCGAUGAGUGCGUUAUGCUCGAUUUUAAGUUUUGUAUAGCCUUAAAGAAUAUAUGGUUUUCGUCCAAGUGAAAUAUAUGGAAUUAUGGACAAGCUGAGAGAAGUGCUUUCACGCCCAAAGCAGUCUUUUGCACGAAUGGAAGUUUUUUCUUUUUUUUUUUUACGUUUUGUGCUGUCGAUGGUGUUACGUUUGGAUGCUGAAAAAUAAGCCAAAUUCCGGGCUACGAGAAGAAGAGUUAUUUAUGAAAAGAAGAAGCCACUGGAAACCACUUGACUUGGAGAGCGCUUUUAUUGAGAGAAAAUAAGAAAAAAAAAAAGAAUCGAUUCUAUAAUUUUUGAUUAUUCACAUUAGUGUGUUUUACAUUGCGGAAUCUGCAUAUAGCUUUUGAUUGAUUCAAUGUUCAGUGACGUCGCUCACGAAAUGUAAAAUGUGGAAACAAUAGAAGAAUCCCUAUAUGUCCCGCUUAAUAAACUAUAUUGUAUUGUA